CAUCAACUCAACUCAAACAAAGAUUUCAUCUGAAUUUCUUUCUUGUGAUAUGUGAGAGAAAAAAUAAAAAAAAAAGUGUGAGGAAAGAUGGACCUUGCUCAGUCCGUUGUGGAGAUCCUUCUCCAAAAACUCGUUAACACCCUCAUCCAAGAAGCUUUAUUCUUAUAUGGGGUUCGCGAUCAAGUUGAAUUGGUCGUGUUUGAAUUUGAGCGGAUGGUAGCCUUCUUGGAAGAUGCAGACUCCAUGCAAGAAGGAAAUAAAAGAGUGAAGAAAUGGGUGCAGCACGUGAGAGAUGCUGCAUAUGUUGCUGAGGACGUCAUCGACACCUUCAUCUUAAAGAUAGCAACCUCAAAGCGAAGAAAAUUUCUAGGGUGCAUUAAACGGUAUGCUUGCAUCCCCGUUGAGCUGAAAGCUCUCCAUGAUGUGGGCUCGGAGAUCCAACGGAUAAACAAUAAAAUCCAUAGGAUCUCUGAAAGUAGGUCGACUUAUGGAAUUGUCGAUAUAGGCCAGGGAGCAGGGAAGAGCUCCGCGGAUCCAAUCCUUGAAGAACGGAGGCUCGCUUCUCCUGACUUUGAGGAAGCAGAUUAUGUUGGCUUUCAAAAGGACUCAGAUGCACUGGUCAAGAAGUUGACCAAUGAGAGCGAGCAGAGACGUUGUGUUGUUUCUGUAGUUGGAAUGGGUGGUCUCGGUAAGACCACUCUUACCAAGAAAGUUUAUAACGACCCUCGUCUUAAAGCACAUUUUGACUCUUGCGCAUGGAUUUCUAUAUCACAAGAGUAUGGUGUGGCAGAUCUUCUUCAGAAAAUCUUAAAUUGUUACUUCUCAAAAGAUAAGCUCAAGGAAGUGGAGAAGAUGGACGUCAAUCAGUUGAGGCGUGAAAUUUCUAAGCAUUUGGAAAAGAAGAGAUACUUGAUAGUCUUGGAUGAUAUAUGGUCAAAAGAAGCGUGGAAUGAUUUGAAGGAUGCAUUUUCAGAAAUGAACAACGGCAGUAGGGUUGUCCUCACUACACGAAAAGAAGAAGUAGCUUUAUAUGCACAAAGCGAGCUCCAUAAACCGAAACUUUUAAACGAUAAAGAGGACUGGGAAUUAUUCUGUAAGAAAACAUUCGCAGAUGGUGGUUGCCCUGGGGAUUUGGUGGGCGUGGGAAAAGAGAUUGUGAAAAAAUGCGGCGGUCUACCUCUUGCUGUCGUUGUCAUCAGUGGGCUCCUAAGGACGAAGACGAAAGAAUCAGAAGAGUGGGAGAAAGUACACCAGAGCAUCAGCUGGCAUUUGGUCAAGGGAGAAUUCAAUAUCUCGGGCAUAUUAUCUUUGAGCUAUAAAGAUCUGCCCUAUUACUUGAAACCAUGUUUUCUCUACCUGGGCAAUUUUCCAGAGGACUACGAAUUCCAUGCCAAGAAAUUGAUUCAAAUGUGGGCUGCAGAAGGUUUUCUUGAAGAGAGAGGGGAAGAAACUUUGGAGGAGGUUGGAGAAGAUUAUCUAAUGGAAUUGAUUCAAAGAAGCAUGGUUCAAGUCACAGAAAGAAGUUCAAGCCGAGGUAUUAAAAAGUGUCGCAUCCAUGAUCUUUUGCGGGAUCUCUCCAUAUCGGAAGCUAAGGAAGGUAUGUUUCUUCAAGUUCACAGUAGGAUCAAUGCAAAUGCUCCUCCUGCAUCUAGAGCUCGUCGACUUGCAAUUCACCAUAAUGACAUAAGUAAGUACAUAUCCUUAAGCUCUUCCACUCGACGCCUUCGUUCUGUGUUAAUGUAUGCCCAAGGCUAUGUGGAUCUUCAAAGAAAAGAAGCAAAGUUUCUCUUUAGAAGCUGUAAGUUGCUUAGGGUGUUAUGUCUAGACAGUGUAAUAAUAAAAAAGCUACCGAGGGAAAUAGGUGAACUAAUCCACUUGAGAUACCUCGGUUGUACUCAAACUUAUUUAAAAAGUCUCCCAUCGUCCAUAGGCAAUCUUCCCAAUUUACAAACUCUAUUUGUAGCAUCCCAUUAUGAUAUAAAAGUACCAAGCACAAUCGGGAAAAUGCAACAGUUAAGACAUCUUCAACUGAAGAACAACGAAGAAGGUGGGGGAGUGAUAGAAGGGCAACCAAGGCUGGAGCGGAUAAGUAACCUGCAGACUCUAUCAAGAGUAAUGGCUGGCAAAUGGAUGGAGGGCUGCUUGGAAAACCUCACCAAUCUUAGAAAAUUAGGAAUAGUUAUAGUAACAACAGCUGAUGCUGAGGUAUUCAAAGAUUCUAUUGUCAAAUUGGGCUACCUCCACUCUCUGUCGGUUUCGGUAAGAGACAUAAGGUUAUUGGUACCUCGUAAUUCACAUCUUGUAAAGUUAAGAAGAAGCGAACAAUUCAAAACCCAAGAGUGGUCGCUACCUCCUUUUUCAAAUCUUCUCAAAUUAAGCAAGUUGUACAGGAAAGUUAGAGAAGUUACCCGAGUCUGCUCAAUUCCCAGUAAACCUCACCAAGCUUACCUUGAAUUACUCCGGUUUAAAGCAAGACCCAUUGGCGACUUUAGAGAAGCUGCAAAAACUCCGCAUUCUCAAAUUGCUGGCAUUUCCGUACAAGGGAAAGGAAAUGGCUUGCUCUUCACAAGGGUUUCCUCAGCUUGAAUCCUUACAUCUUGAAGAGUUAAAUGAAUUAGAGGAGUGGAGAGUGGAGAAAGGAGCUAUGCCAAGUCU